AUGAAGAUCCUACAGCUGCAGAUGUCUGGGUCGCUGAAGGGACCGAUGGCGCCGCCACCAACGACGACGAACAAGCUGGACGCUGUGAAAGCUGUGUUGCGUCUGCAGAAGAAUGCCGGCAUCACGACAGGCUCCUUCGCAGCGAAAGAACUGUUUCAUCUGGACCUCAAAGCGAUCCAGAUCACGCUGUCGGAGCUCUUCGAGAAGCUGAAGGAGCUGCUGGAAGCCGCGCUGACCCAGCUCCUUGGAUCAGCAUCGCCGACUGGAUCGUCCCAACACUCGCACUACCCGCCAGCGACUUCGAUGGCCGACUCGGAUAGUUCGGACGGAGUCGAGCGAAUGCAGCUCGGCCCUUCAGGAGUCGCGAUGAUGCAAACCAGAUCGCAGCGUGUGUCGAACGUGACGCCCAGGGCAGACGCUCCUGCGGCAGCCAGCAGAUCGGACGAAAAUCCAGACAGACUGCAGACGUUCUUCAACUCGGCGAUGGAACGCUUUUUGAAGGAGCAACGCGCCGCACAGGGGACGCCAACACUGCCCCUGGUGAGAAGAACGGAGCCGCAGGACGUCGACAUGGAGUCUGUGGGAUCCGAUCACGGAGAGUAG